UUGAAAUUUCCGGGCGUUCAGGCUCCAGCGCAUAAAAAUUUACAGCAUAUAAAUUUAUUUUUGUAUAUUUGCCGUUUAUUUUGAAUUUAUUACAGUUAACUAACAAUGGCUAAGAAAGAGGAACCUUACUGCUGGGUAUCGAAUGGCUUGAGUCGCGAUAAGGAGGAUUGGAUGACAUGCACGGGCAAGAACUAUAAGCCGCCAGAUCCAAAUGAUCCCAAGGCCAAGAAGAACAAGCAGCAGAUUUGCUGCUCCACUGCAUUUAGGCUGGCCAAGGAAAAGGCUUUGGAGGAGGCAGCCAUUGACAAGACCGCAGAGAUGUGCAAGGAUGACAAAAAGGGCAAGAAGAAGAAGAAGGGCAAGAAGGGCCAAGGCUCCAAGUUUGACAACUAUCGCUGCAUUACGGCCAACAUGAUUUGCAUGAAGCUGGACAUGCCCGGACGCGACUUUGACGAAUGUCCCAAUCAGCUGUGCAUCAAGGCGAACAUCUGCAAGCAGUGCAAGCCCGUGAUGAACUGGGAUCGCAUUAAUGUCAACUGCUUGCCAGCCGAAGCGAGCUGCCAGUUUUCCAUGCCGCAGGAGUGUCUGGAGCAGUCGCUGGACAACGGCAUUGAUCUGUCGAUCAUAUACAUGAAAAAGGAAAUAGGACAUGGCUGCUAUAUUCUGCCCGAGGCCGUGCUGCUGCGCAUUGUCAACUCGUUCCAGGAAGUUGUGCAUACGGGCAAUGUGAUGCUCACCUGCAAGGGCUGCACCGUGGGCAUGGCCACUGUGCGUCUAUCCAUGCAAAUGCGCUGCCAGACGCUGCCAGACUUGGACAACAUCAGCGUCGGGUCGUGCGGCAACUGCCCCUGCGGCUCAAGCGAUUCCUCCAGCGACCCCUGCCUGGCGUUUCGAGAUCUCUCAGAUGACUCCAGUGCUGGACGCUGCUGCGGUGGCGGCUCCUCCUCCAAUAGCAGCAACAGUUGCCAAGAGCAGCGUCCCAAAGGCAAGCUGGUGGACAUGGCGGGUCCCUACGCUGUCUACUGCUGCAAGCAGGCAGAUGAUGCCUGCCUGGCUAUGACGGCAGCGCCUGGACCCAGCGCGCAGUUCGGCGCCAGCAACAAAUCCCACCUGGGUGAGGGCUCCACCAAUCGCUUGUGCAUACAAGCGCCGCCACCGCAGCUGAAGAAAGUGCAAAUGAAGCGCGGACGCACGUGUCCAGUUUGCUGUGAGGAUGUCAGCUGGCUGCCCGUCAUAGCUGCCUGUCCGCAUUGCGGCUACAAGCCCGUGCCAGAGUGCGAGGAGCGCACCUAUGAUGAGGAUGCCACAGCCAAUGAAAUAUUGCUGCAUCACUUUGAGCAGAGCUCAGACUUCAACAUGGGCUCCAUGGAAUUGUGCUCCGGUGGCGCUGCGACAGCUGCAGCCACUGCGCCCUCGGAUGCGCGCACCUCGGACGCUUUUGAGCACAUAGUGCGUGACUACAAGACGCUCAAGCGCAGCAUAACGAAGACGAAGGAGCAGCCUGCGCAAACUGCGCCCGCAAACAAAUCCGAGCCGAAGUCUGCAGCGGAUAAGACAGCGCAGCUGGUUUGCAUCUUCGAGGAGCUGCGCAAAAUGUUUGAGCUGAACGAUGAGAAUGCCGAGGCGAAGGCCAAGAUACAGGAAAUCUGCGCCGAGGCCUGUCAGCUGGUGAAGGAUAGCAAGCCGCAUAGCAGACACUUGAAGAAGACGCAGCAGCAGCACUGCGUGGAGCCCAAGCGACCCAGAAAGCCCAAACGCCGCAAGCCGCCCAUGAAAUCGCGGCUCUAUACCAAGCUGGAUGUCAAUCUGCGGGAUGAGGACACACCGCGCAUGAACAAACAUGACAAGUGCUACGAGGUGCCGCAUAGCGUGCCCGCUCACAUGGGCUGGCUGUGGACAGAGUUUCCGCUGGCGCAGAUACGUGGCUGGCGUCCGGGCGCCAUACGCCGCUCCAUACGCGAGCUGAUGAGCUACUUUCUGAAAGACUUUCCACUGGACACCAUACCCGUGAGCAAGUACAUGUCGUACAUAAAGCAGAACCGGCCGCCCAAAGGACCGCCGCCUGAGAAUCUCGAGGGCGUGCAGCAGCAGCCCACGCUGCACAUAGAAAAGAAAAACGAUGAGUAUAUAAUAACGCUGCGGCCGCUGAAGGAUGCAGCAACGCUAGCGCGCUCGGCUAAUCCUUAUGCCAACAUGAAGCCCGUGCAGUUUCGCAUUGUCAAGAAUCCGCUGCUGAAGCAAAUCCGCGAUCUGAAGCGCUGCUUGAAGAACAUGGGCUUCAGCAAGUGCAAGUGCCACAAGCCUGUGAUGGAUUGCUAUUGCCGCAGCUUCAUUGACAAGAAGCGUCUGAUUAGUGCCAUGCAGCAGGAGUGCCAGCGCCGGCAGCUGCCCUGCUGCGAGGAGGAGCUGGUGCUGUCGGACACCUCGGACAGCGAGGCGGAGUAUGACUUUGGUGUUACGCCACCAGCGGGUCUGGUGCAUCCCGAACGUCUCAAAACCACGCAUGUUACCAAUACGGAAACGCAGUAUGAUGAAAACGACUGGGCCAUGCCCACCAUGUAUCCACAUCCGCCCAAUGCGCAGGUGCAAUACGGCGGCUGUGUCAUUGGCGAGCGGCAGCAGCGUUUUAAUUGGAUCUUUGGCAAGGGCUUUGUGCACGCCAAGCCAAAGCCGCCCAAGAUGCGCAACAUGCCCAAGCCCAAGCCAAAGCCUAAGCCGUUUGCCAUCCAGCCGCGCAACAAGGGCGGCUAUGCGCCUGAAGUGCCGCCGCCGCCGGCGCCACCAUCAAAAUCGAUACUCAAGCCACAGCAGCAUAAGCAGUCGAGUCGUGCUCGUAGUACUUCAGAUCCAGUGCUAGACGAACGACUGCAGCGCUUAGAUCGAGCAGCAUUUGCGCCCAAAGCUGUGCAGUUUCGGCGUUUAAAGGAAUCUUCAUCACGGCGGGAUAGUCAAGUCGAAAGAGUAUCCGCCUAGUCUAUGUAGUAAAUUUUUACGUAUUACCUUUUAGGUUUUAGAUAUUUCAGAAAGCAAAACUUUUUCAGUAAAAAUAAAUAUAAAACAAA